GCAGAAUAUUGACAUAGCAACCAGGCGACAGAGCCACCAGGUUUUUACACUCUGUAUUACUUUUGGCUGUUUCCUCUGCAUUCAAGCUUUUCAUAUGUACUUCAGACCGCUGCCAUGAAUGCGGCAGUGGUUAAAAAGACCCAGGACUCGCUUGGCAAAGUGAUUAAGAAGCCGCCUCUCACGGAGAAACUGCUAAGCAAGCCUCCGUUUCGAUACCUGCACGACAUCUUCAGUGAGGUCAUCAAAUCCACUGGUUUUAUGAAAGGCCUGUAUGGAGACAAUGAAAUGAAGUCAGAUAAUGUUAAGGAUAAGGACUCAAAGAUAGAUUUCCUCCAGAAAGCGAUAGAUGUCGUGAUGCUGGUGAGCGGCGAGCCCCUGGCAGCAAAGCCAGCGCGCAUCGUGGCCGGCCAUGAGCCAGAGAAAACCAAUGAGUUUCUGCAGGCCAUAGCCAAGUGCUGCAUCAACAAGUUGUCCAGUGACGAUGCAGUGAAGCGAGUGCUCGCUGGAGAAAAGGUGGACAUAAAGACCAAAGCCAGCACCUCCAGGUCCCAGGACAAGGAGAACAGGGAGGGACGGGAACGCCAUCAAGACAGAGAGGAGAAGAAAACGAUCACAGAGCGCAGCGGAAGCCGGGAGCAGAAGGACCCGGACCAGCCCAAAGAGCAGGACAGCCGACGCAGAGACGGGGACAAAGAGCAGCACCGGGACAGGGAGCGCUCUGACAAACACCAACGCAGUGAGCAGGACCACCACGCCAAGGACAAGAGCCGGGACCGGGAGCGAGACAAGGAUAAAGACAAAGGACGAGUCAAAGAAAGGGACAAGGACAAGGACAAGGAUAGGGAGAGGGAUAAGGAUAAGGAAAGGGAGAGGGACAGAGAAAGAGGAAAAGACAAGGAGAGAGACAAAGGCAGAGAAAAGACGAGAGACAGGGAUUCACGUGGGGACCGGGAACGAGACAAGGAGAAACGAAGAGACAGAGACAAGGAGCAGGAAGAGAGGAACAGAAAUGGGGAGAGUGGCAACAGCAAGGCCAGAGUAUCAGAGGAACCACAGCAGAAACCCAGUGCUGAGCCUAGCAAACCAGCCAAACCUGUGCUAGUGGAUCCCAAACCAGAUGAAUAUGAAGAGCCUGCAGAAGCAGUUGAGUACCAGUCUGACAGUCCAGCUAGAAUACCUCGGCCUUCAUCUGCCAAAGGGCAGAGGCGGAGACCCAAAAUCGGAGGUCAAGAUGAAUCUGACAGUGAAGGAGAUGGAGAUGCUCUUUUAGCCCAGAGAGCUGCCCCCCUGGAAAAUGGAGACGCUGCAGCACCAUCAGACAUGGCCACCAGUAACAGGAGAAUACCUCGGCCCAGCAGUGCUCGCCCAGCCCCACCUCGAGUCAAGAAACAGGAGAGUUACUCUGAAGUGACCCCAGCUGAGAGGCUGUCCAGUGCCAAGACCUCAGCGCCAGUCAUCCUGGAUGGGAAGAGGGAGUCUGAGGAUGAGGAGGAUGAAGAUGAGCAAUUUCUCGUGGAGGAGGCGAUCCCUCCGCCUCCAGAUGCUCCUGAUAUGGACGUGGGCUCUGCACAAGACCUCGACAGUGAAGACAAACAUGGUGGCCUUGUGAAAAAGAUCCUUGAGACCAAAAAAGACUAUGAAGUUUCCCCAUCCUCCCCCAAAGCUAAAGAACAGAACGUGGUGUCCGAAGCGGCACGGAAGAAAGAGCGGGACAUAGUGACGCGUGAGAUCGAGCGGCUGCGCUCCUCCAUUCAGACGGUGUGCCGCAGCACUCUGCCUCUGGGGAAGAUCAUGGACUACAUUCAGGAGGACAUGGACGCCAUGCAGGCCGAACUGCAGACCUGGAGGCGGGAGAACAAAGAGCACGCACAGGCCCUGCUGCAGGAGCAGAGAGCGACAGACAGGGCAGUGGAGCCUCUUAGGUCAGAAUUAACAGAGCUGGAUCAGCUGAUCAGAGAACAGCAGGACAAGAUUUGUGCUGUAAGGUCCAACAUACUAAAGAAUGAAGAGAAGAUUCAGAAGAUGGUGACUGGAAUCAACUUCUCCUCCAGAAGCUGAAGUGAGAAACAAGGUCCACUAAUUAUAAACUUUCCUAAAAAACGCACUGACGAUGUAGGGACCAACAGUGUCUCAUUCAGAAUAAUGGUCAGACCAUUUUUCUCAGAGAUGAUGUUGGAUGGGACCAAACACUACACUUUUAAAGUUUUGUGAGACAUGGACCCGAGUAAAUGAGACACCAUAUGUCAGAUGUUCGAUUAUAAAAGCUACAUAUGAUGGGAUGGUGAUCUGACUAUCCUCACAUCUGCAGUGACAUAUCAAAUAAUAAAUAUAUUUUCCUGCUCUACACACUGACAUAACCACAUCAGUUACUCCUUUUUUGUUAUGUUGCCUUUGUGGAAUGAACGGGUGCACAGUUGAGAUUCAAAGGUUUUAUUUUCUAAUUCACAACAGCUACAGUGUAGUUCCCAGGCUCCUCCAACAGGGCAACACAUGUCAUACUUAAGACACAGAAAGAAAAAGACAUGAAAUAGGGCAAGAAAAUAUUGCAGGUGACUUGGAAUGACAAGGAAAUCAGACCAAAUAGAUGGUGAGUUCAUCAAAUGCCCUUUACUCGCCAAUAUAAUUAAUGAACAUGAACGUUUGCUGGACAGUCCCUGGACCAAAUGUUAAACCCUAUAUUGUUUUUUGUUUUUUUUUAUUAACCAAGCAUAAAGUCGCUUAACCUUUUAUUUUUCUUGACUUUGGACUCAGUCACUGCUGUACACAAGACAUGCAGUGAAAUUAGAGAUGAAUCUGAGUUAUGAUCGGUUUCAUUUGUUAUUUUCCACAAUCACAGUAUUCUUGUGCCACAUUCAAAUGCUUUACUCAUCAAUAUAACAUAUCUAUGACUUGCAUGGAGACAUCAGAACUCAUGUGGAUCCAUUGAAAUGUUUGUUACAUGACUACAUUGUCCAUGGUUUAUAGUUGCACUGGUUUUCUUUUACUUCCAAACAUUUUGCUUUAAGCGUCCUCCCGGAAGCUACUGUUGCUUAAACAAAGAUUGUACCUUCAAGUGCACCUUCAAGUUGCUUAGAAAAGGAAGCUGUGUAAGAAUUCUUAUUUCUUUCUCUACUUAUAUUAUUACACAACAACACACUCAUUUAAUGUACUUCCAGGAGACUGUAAGAAUAUAUACAUUCUCAAAUAGGACACCACCAUCAUGGAGGUCCCUCAGCUGUAUUUGUACCGUAGGAUUUGCCAAACAGUUUUUUCUUUGUGAUGGAGACAGUGUUUUGGUCAAAACAAUAAGAAUAUUUGUUUAGCUGCUUUUGUGACUUUAAGAAAUGUGCUUUACAUAUGCAGCUAAAUAAAAAAACAAGCAAUACUUGGUUUAAUAUUGCAGUAGGUCGAUGGUAAGAACCUGCUUUAUCAAAGUCAAAUUUCGCAAUGAAAGCAGAUUAGUCGGCCAUGAUUUCUUCCAAAGUGGCCUACCUCAAUUCCAAUAAAAAUGCAGUUACCAUAUUACAGUAAUAACACCAAUAUGAUUUUACAUUAUUUCUUAUUACGUUAUUUUUUGCACAAGUGCAGCUCUGUUAGUUUUACUGCAGAUAUAGUAUGCCAGUGUUUACACACCAACAGAAACCAUAAUGAAUGUAAUAUUUUAUUUUAAAUAAUGUUUUUUAUAACGCCCAAUUUUUCAAAACCAGCUCUCUUAUCUGGACAAAGCUCCAAAAUCAUCUUCCCAAACUCUGGUUUCCACUUCCAUCAUAACAAUGUGUUACGAAAAGGAUAGAUGGCAAAUCUGAAGUGGGACAGGCAGCCGGUGGUUGGAAUGGAAAAGCAUGAACAUCAACAGAUAGUAAAGAAGCAAAAGGAGACAUUACAGUUAAACUGCAUUGCUUCAGUGUGGAAUCAAUGUUACUAUAUGUUGCUAUUCAUUUGACUUGAUUUGAUCUUAUGUUAGUUAUUCACUUGGAGAAUUCUGAAGUUAAAAUCUACUUUUAUCUGAUUUUAUUCUGUUUUCAUAUCAGUAUUUAUUUCGUCAAUAAUAUACUGUACCUACAGAAGCCCUGUGAGCAUUGGUGCAAACAGUUGGAAAAAGUUCAUUUAUUUUUUUCAGGAUCAUUUUUCCAAGUGUGUGUUGUUGUAAUAUUCAUUUUGGCCACAAGAGGCAUAGUUACACCACUAUUCUACUACUCGUGCUUUUAAUAUUUCCAUUUUGAGGAAUUUACUUUAUAUAAUUUUGUCCCAAAAAAAAUGACGUGACAGUAAUAUAUCAUAACUUGGUUGCACACAAUAUUUUGAGUUUGUUUUGUGAGUGCCUAGAGAAAUUUGAACUUACAUUUAGAAAAAGGAUCCUGACAAAAAAAAGUCAUCAGCUAAAUAUUUUUCCACAGACUUUAAAGCUAUUUAAAUAUAACUUAGAUUAUCGAUAACCAGAAUUAUUCAUUUUUCACUUGCCUUUCAGGGCUUCCAUACACCACCAACUCAAAUAUAAAGACAUCACAAUAACAAAACCCGCGAGUCCAUCUGUCUUGUAUGAAAAGACAAUGUAGGCUGUAAGUGCUUGUAUCAUAUCCUCUGUUUCUCUUAUUAACUGUACAUUAUGUAUAUGUGGAGACUGUAUUAUAGUUGAAAAUAUUAUAUAAUUUUGUAGUGGAGUGAAAUAAAUGGUUACAUUGCAAUACA